GCCAAAUACAACAACACUUAGUUCUGUAAAUCAUAUGGCAACAUGUGUAGCAAAACUAAUUAUUAAUACACCUGCAGCUUUAGCAAUUGCAAAUAAUAAUCGUCCAUUUUUUAAUCCAGAUAAUUUUAGUAAAUUACUUAUUAUAGAUUAUUUAUAUUCUAAUAACG